AUGCCUACCAAUCCUCGCCUCCUGGCUAUAAUGCCACUACUUCGAAACGCUCCCAUCCAACGUCCUUCUCCCUACUUGCUUUCGCUACAAUCUGCCACAAGAGGCGGACAGAGGCGCUUCGAAGGUACAUUAGCGCCAGACUGGAAGGGCACAGGCGCGGGAGAUCACACGUCCCGCAGGACCAAGAGAGGGGAUAACACGGAUCCGACUACGGACUCGGCGGGUGCUGGAAUACAAGAGCGGAACGAAUCCGAAGGGGUUCCGGACGAUGCGAAGUCGCAGGCCACGACGGAGAGGGGAGGGGCACAGCAUGGGAAGCAAGCUAAGAAAGAGCAUCCGAAGGCACCGGAGCCGAUUAUCGGGAUGAAUGAUGAGAGAGCACAGAAGGGUCAUUGA